AUGCACCACCCCCUGGCGGGGCCCCCACCACGCCUCCGCUGUUUCGCCCCUCCGACGCCGCGAGAGACGCACGCGCCGGUGCGACCCGACCCGCGGACGCGGCGACGCCGCCGCCGCCGCCGCCGCCGCUGCCGCCUCCGCCGCCCGCGAGAGUCAGUGGCGCGAGUCGCCUCCGCAGCAGCAGCAGCAGACACGGAGGCGGCUGCGGCGGCGGCGGCGGCGGCGGCGGCGGCGGCGGCCGCGCCGGGUGGCGGGCCCCGGCCUGCAGCCCGCGCUGGCGCUGGAGGGGCAGGGGCGCGUGACGUCAGCGCGGCCCGCGCGGCCUCCACUCCAGUCGGCAUGUUGCUCAGGGGCGUCCGGCGCGCCGCGCCGCUCUGCUGCGCGCUGCUGCUCGCCGUCUCGGGGUGCUGGUGGCAGCCAGCCGGGGGUGCGCAGUCGGCGGGGGCGCAGGUGUGCCGCACGUUCGCGGGUCUGACGCGCGAGCAGCAGGAGGUGUGCCAGCGGCGGCCGGCCGCCACCAGCGUCGCCAUCCAGGGGCUGCACCACGCCGUCCAGGAGUGCCAGUUCCAGUUCCGGCACCACCGCUGGAACUGCUCCUCGCUCGCCACCAAGAACCGCAACCCGCACGCCAGCGUCCUGCUCCAGCGCGGGUACCGCGAGUCGGCGUUCGCGUACGCCAUCUCGGCGGCCGGGGUGGCGCACGCGGUGGCGCGUGCCUGCAGCCUGGGACGCCUGCUCGAGUGCGCAUGCGCCGCGCCGGGCGGCCGGCGCCGAGGGGGGCGGCUGGGCGGCGCGGCCACCAGCCAGUGGCAGUGGGGCGGCUGCUCGCACAACAUCGACUUCGGCGUCCGCUUCUCGCGGCUCUUCCUCGACGUGAGGGAGCGCGCGGGCGACCUGCAGUCGCGGAUCAACCUGCACAACAACCAGGCCGGCCGCCUCGCGCUGUCGAGCAACACGGUGCUGCGCUGCAAGUGCCACGGCAUGUCGGGCAGCUGCGAGCUGAAGACGUGCUGGCGCGCCGUGCCCGACUUCCGGCGAGUCGGUGACGCGCUCAUGGCGCGCUUCCGCACCGCCGUCCUCGUCGACCAGUCCAACCUGGGCAGCGGUUCUCCUCUGACGAUCGCCGAAGACAACACGAGGCGGCCGUCGUCCGGUGAGCGGAGCGACGAGGCGAAGCCGGGGGCGGCUGGUGGUCGCGGCGGCGGGGGCGGCAGGUCGCGGGGGCGGCGGAAGCGUCGGCGGAGGCGGCGCAAGUUCCCGGCGCUGGGCGAGCUGUCGCGCGACCUGCUCUACUACCAGCGGUCGCCCACCUUCUGCGAGCGCGACCCUUCGGUCGACUUCCCGGGCACGGCGGGCCGGCGCUGCAACCGCACCUCGCCGGGCACCGACAGCUGCGCCUCGCUGUGCUGCGGGCGCGGCUACGACGUCUUCCGGCAGCGGCGCGUCGACCGCUGCCAGUGCCGCUUCCACUGGUGCUGCCGCGUGGCCUGCCAGAACUGCACCGUCGAGGAGUGGGUCACCGUCUGCAAGUGACGCCGCGCCGGCGCCGGCGCCCCAUCCGUCUCUGCUGACCGCAGUCCCUGCAGCGCGCGCUGCGAGGUCGUCGCGUGUGACGCUACGGCGCUUCUGACGGUACUCGCCCCACUGCCAACCGAGCGUGUCCGAGAGCCGCUCGACCAUCCACGAGAAGAACGCGUCUUGUCGCACUAACUAGAGGGGUACUUCACGCGCAAACGCCCUUUCUUAAAUACAUACAAUGUAUUCGAGAUCUUCACUCAUUAUCUAACGUGCUCACCGUCACGUUUCUCCGUAGGCAAAUCCCCACAUCUGCUUUCCAGAGGUUUCUAAUAAUUCCAAGACGCGCGAUGCAUUAACGUUCUAAUACCCUUUCGAAGCAGGUAACUUACUUCUCAGCGGCAUGGCUAGGAAUGUGUGUAUUAUUCCUUAAGUGUUACUAUUCAAUUUGAUGAGAAAAACGCAGAGUGAAGCAACAACGGUUAAUGGAUCACAGCUUUCCAAUGAAAACCAAAGCCAAAAUUCGGUCUCUCAGUGGCUAGCCUAACAUAAAAUUUCUCACAGCAUGUCAUUACCCAAGACACCACGUUUGUUGAAACAUCUCGACGUGUCUGCAUAGAUCUCGGCGUCGGAUAGGAACACUUUCAUUUGGACAGCGCAGCAUAGUAAUGUGUAAAAAAUUAUGUAUUCUGAUCUUUUAGCUUUCUUCGCGAAAAUAACGACUAUCAUGUCUCUGUGAUUAUCAGUCGGCUUAAUGUUCUCAUUUUCCUUCCCCGAUAUUUCGAAAACAUCCCUAUUUGAAUGCGUCAAGUGUCAGAUGCAGAAGUGGUUGAACGAAAACUGUAACAAGGAUGCCCUCUAGCGAUUUAUUUUAUAAAUAUCAGAAGAAGUGGCAGUAAAUGGCGUUCACAGAAUUCAAGUCAGGACUUCGUCGCUUUACCACCGUAAUACUUAACUUGUUACGUACUUUAUCCAAGCCGGCCGGAGUGGUCGUGCGGUUCUGGGCGCUACAGUCUGGAGCCGAGCGACCGCUACGGUCACAGGUUCGAAUCCUGCCUCGGGCAUGGAUGUGUGUGAUGUCUUUAGGUUAGUUAGGUUUAAUUAGUUCUAAGUUCUAGGCGACUGGUGACCUCAGAAGUAAAGUCGCAUAGUGCUCAGAGCCAUUUGAACCAUCUGAACUUUAUCCAAACGUAGCUUUGUAGACGUCACACAAGAUUUCUCUGAUGUCUUCUGAGAACCUACAUUUUUCUGCUACAGAUGAGCGACAGACGGAAAAUGACGUACCCAAUCUCUUACAAAAUAAUUUUUCCGUAGCAUAAAACGGCGUGCGACACCUUUAGUGUGAUACUAAUGGCAAAGUCCAUACACGAAUGUUCGAAUAUUGACUUCUUUUGUUAGUUACAUUUAGUUGCGAAAGUAAAAUCUUUCAUAAGCCUCGGAUCAGCCUCUCUCAGCCGAAUGUCAUUGCUUGCAUGUAAACCCAUGAUACGUCCGCCCGCUUGCGUAAAAAUAAUGGUAGUCAUCGGUAAUGCUCAACCAAAUCGCUAAUGAGCUGUAACAGCUUACCAUCGUAACCUACAGAUGUGAGGAGAACUUUCAUUUUAUUAACAUCAGUAUUAAUAAUUUUUAUUUUUAAUUCAUCAGUGUGUACUGGCUCCUUUCUUAUCACUCCACCCUCCCUCACAAACAGGUCAUUAGCAGCUACUUUUCACGAUUAUUUGCGUCCAACUCUCACUGCUUACUUCCAAAAAGGACUAACUUCAGAAUAAACACUUUAUAAUGUGCACUUGGAGCGAAAAUAAUGAUAUUGUAGUAAUUUUUGGACGGAGGUGAAUAUAAUACCAAAGAUGCAAGUUCCAUCACAGAAAGUGGUAAUACUAAAAAAUACAUCACUUACGAAAAUUAAGCACUACUUUAGCGAGAAACAAUAUACAUAGGUCAAACAGAAGAAACUGUCUGCCGCGAACAGUGCUUACACAUGACUCUAUUAUUCUAUAUUUACAACAAAAAAGUUUAUAAUCACAAGUAUUAAUGAUGAGCUUACUGAAGAGAAAUUAUCCCUGUCAUGUUGUUUCACUUCUCUGUGAAGUUGAUGAAUAGAUCCUCAAACUAUGAACCUAGUAGGGAGCGCUAAGAAUAGUACGACAGAUUUUGUCGUAAGACACGUGUGAAUUAGCUUUGUGUGUUAUCCUUCUCAACGCGGUCCUUCACUCCAAACCAUUUGCAGGUUGGAAACAGAAACAUCUAGGGCAUAUCAUUCUGUAAUGUAAUCAUGUACGUAAAUUUUACCCCGUUAUUUCAUUUUAACUCAACAACUGCCAAACAAAUAGACUUACACAAACUUAUCCACGUCUGAAUACCUAUUCCGUGCAGACACAAAGUGAACUAUAUAUCGGUAACAUAGAGUCGUUGGUUAUUUAUCUGUUUUUAUAACUCAAAUACAUUUUAGAGGGGCAUAUUUACCUGGCUUUCUGAACUGUCCGUAGACUCAUUACUACCAGGGCUGUGCUGUCACUUUCAGGACUUUGUCGUUUUACUACGUUAAUAUGGCAAUGUUGCAGACAUCGCAGAAGAUUUCUGUCAUGUCCUCUGAGGACCGACAUCAUCGUAAGGUUCAAAUGGAAAGAGACGUACUUUAUGUCGUACAACAUAAUUUUUCUAUAGUACCAGCUGCAAUGAGAAUACAGCGCUCAGCGAGUUCAAUAUUAACCAGAAGGACAUGGGUGAAGACAUUUUCAGUAUAAAUAAAAAUACUUAAGUUUAUACCUACAUAGAAGGCGGGUGAAGAAAGAGCAUGUUACUUUCGUUACGCUAGUGUAUUUUUUAUAUUAGGAAGAACUCCGCUAACAGCUGGUAAAAUUGUUGUUUAUUAUAACAUAACCGGUUUUGGAACUUUAAGCCGCUUCAUCAGGUGCAACAACGUUAAAAGAUCAUAGGCGUAACUAUCGCUCCCAAGUAUUCUUUACCUUUCGCUCGCCAAGGUGUUUACGACAUUCUCUAAACAGUAAAUUUUGUUAUGAUCUUUUAACGUUCUUGCACCUGAUGAUGCGGCUUUAAGCCGCGAAACCGGUUGUGUUUUAAUAAACAGCUACAACAAUUUUAGCUGCUGUUAGCGGAGCUCUUCCUAAUAUCACAGAAGGGAUGUAAUGCCUUAGUUACUACUUUGGACAGCUACGAUCUGUAAACUGUGAAAAAGUAUUUCUUCAAUGUUCCAUCAUAUUUGAUGUAUAUAACGCACAGCCUGUGGGUGAUUUUUUUGGGGGGGAGGGGGAGGGGAGGGAAAGGGAAGAAGGGAUCUCUGAGGUUUUACAAGUUUCUUUGGUGCUGAGUAAAGAUGUCUUUCGGUUGCGUUUAUUCAUUGCUCACACAUUUUCUGGCAUAUCAGUUUCGACUAAGACGAUUGGCGGACACGCAAAAUCAUAGUACACUAAUGUUUUUCGAUAAUUAUUUUAAGUUUCAGAAUAAUCGUUAGAAAUACCUGACACUAUUCUUUCUGCAGAAUCAUUUACUUAUCUAACCUCGCAAACGCCUGGUUUCAUGCUUCUCCACAAAAACUAAAUAAAAGUUGUGCUAUAUGUUGGUCGAUCAUCUACAGAUAUCGUCCCAGUGUAUCUAAUGACCUGAAAGUUCCUUCUGAGAAGAACUCAGAGUACGUGGCAAUAAAAACCAAUUUCCGUGGCCUCAUAGGAGAGGUUUGUACUCCAAUAAUUCUGACUGCAGCAUUAUCCGGAAAAAAAUCUAUACCCACGGGCACAAUAUGUUCCCAGCCCUUAGAUCGUUAGCCAAAACACUAUGAAGGAUGUCUCCAUAGAACGUACUAAGGUUUGCACUUAUUAUGCCGUCAAUCUGUUGCUUUAGGAUUCAAAGAUAAACAGAUCAUGAGCAGGUCAAGAUUAGACACAUUCACCGUGAUUUGAGGGAAUUACAUUACGUACUGAAAUAAAAUGACUCCAAAAGAGUUGUAGAUAUGUUUCUUUUGGCUACCUCGUUGUCAAGAAUGCCUCAUAAAAUCCAUUGUUAACGUAUGGCUCAAUAAAAUAUCUCGAGUGUACUGCUAUUUCUGAAUAUUAUGGAUUCCCUAAGGCUAUCUGAAAAUCGUUCUAUGAAAAUGUGCGCUGUUGUUAAUAAAAAUAUUUAACAUAGAAAAGCUCCACUUUAUGAGAUUUUGUAUGAUCCUUCAAUCAAAUGCUUUGCUCAGAAUGUUUGUGUAUUCCCUAAGCUUCCCAACGGUGAUAAAGGCAGACAGAAUAGUGGUCGUUUCUAUUGUACGAAUUGAGUUGACAGUAAACUGUAUGUCUACAGAAGCAGAUAUCCUUCGGGUUUUAGCAAGGUUUUAUUAUAAUUUUAGCGUUUACGGAGAUACUGUAAGGUAUCGACGCAAUAUAUAUUUCUGUAAACUGACAGCUAGCAGUCCCAUCCCACUCCUGGAAUCACGUUCUCUUCUUAUUAUCACCGCAAGAACCUUUUUGUUUCAGCAAACCUUGAAUUGGAUACAUAUGGUACUACUAACGUCUCCAUUUUCCGUUUUGUUGCAAGCGACGUUUCAUUUUGCACAGAUAAGUACAGUUUAUGUCAUAAUAUCGCUUGUGUUAGCAAUGGCUGCCUUAAAAAUCUAGCAAGACCACUCACUUCAUCGAAUUUGCUUUAGAUCUAACUAUCGUGACUUCCUCUAUCGGACAAAGUUGUCGUUGCGAAGACAUUCAGUGAGAGUUUUCAGACAGCAGGAGACCCUUCUCUGUUUUGACACGAACGCAGAAUUAGACUUCUGAAAUACAUAAUUCAAUUGAGUGAAGGCUGUUUCUACAACCUUUUGUCGGGUUUCUCGGCCACAAAAAGUAGCACCUUUCGGCUAAAGACUAAAGAAACCUUAUAGUUCUGCCGUGAAGCAAUAAGCACGAAGAUGACAUUUUGACGGAUUUCAGAUGUUGCCCAUUACAACAUUUUUAAAGUAUUUACUGUCGAAAAUCGUCUUUCCUUUAAGAUUUUAUUUCUGUAUUUACGAAAUAACAUGCUUUCCUACAACCAUACAAUGGAUGUAUUUCUUAUAAGAACAUUGAUCUCUUUACCUCCAUUCUAAUUCUUUUUCUCAAAUAUUAUUCGAUAUCUAAAUUGAAGGUAUACUUAAGUUUCAGUACAUGCAACUUUUGUCAUACAUUAGAAUGUACUUCAUUUCGAUAAUUAAGUGAAAAAUUUGAAAUUUUAGUAAGAUAUUGUCUAACGGAAGUAUAAAAGUGUUUUCAGUAUAAGUUAUUAUUCGUCAAAAUGUAUAAAAAUUAUUAGUUGUAAUUACAACUUUCUAGAAAUAUUAUUUAUGUUUAUUAUUUAAAUUAUUUUAGUCAGUAAUCAUCAGGUUAAUGUGUAAAGCUCUCACUGCAUUCGUAAUGCAGAAACAUCCAACUCUUCAGAAACAAUGUACGGUGUUUUUGUGUAGAGUUUGUGUAUACAGUAUUACUAGUGUUACAAUAAAUGGGUUCCUUCUG